AUGACGACUAAUAGAAAAGGUUCACGCGAGAGAAUUAUACUAAAUGUUGCGUAUCCCAAAACAAAGUUAGGAAUAAUGUUCAGUGAAGAGAAUAAUACAACAUUAAGUUCAAAAAAUGGAAAUGAAUAUUAUAUUGAUAGGAAUGGAAGGCUAUUUUAUUUAAAGUGUGCGAUACCCAUAACACAAAAACAACUAGAUGAAGAAUUAGAUUACUUUAAGAUUCCCCGUACAACCUCGAAUAAAAAAUCUACACAUUCCAAAUUAUCUCUUCGCAGUAGAACCGUUGCAGCAGAACUAGAUAAUCUCGUAGAUGCACUCAAAACAUCACUCAAUAAAUUAGCAUGUUACUUUCAAACAUGUUUCAUGUCAGCUGGUGGACAUGGUUUCAAUGUGACCCUAGAAAUAUCGUUUCACUCAUCAGAUCGGAUACCACACCUUGUGACUGUUCUACCAACAAUCAUAGGAAAAUCUCCAAUACCUUUAAUAACACCUAUAUUUAACGAACAAGGUUUUGGAACAAAGGCGUAUGUGAUAUUGAAUAGAUUUGGCGAUAAAAUAGGGAACUAUUUGGAAUCUGCUUUUCCAGGACUUAACUGGCAUCUACAAUGGUUUGACAAUUCUAAUAAUGAAAUUCGUCCUUCACCCGUUGAUGCAUUGUAUAGAGUGAGAAUGUCACUGUGUGACAAGUUUGACUACGACGAUGUUAUUAAUAACUGUUGUUUAAGCACAGUCGUCACUAAAAAUUAUAAGAAUGAUUUUGAUUAUGAAGAAUAG